AUGCUCGCGCCCAAGGCCUUGACGAUGGGAUGCAAUGUAAAGACUGGCACGAAAGGAGUGGACUUCUUCCACGGGGAGAAUGCUUUACUGGACUUUGUGUAUGCGGCCCUUGACUUUUGUAAGUGUCAAAAUAUCCAACUUGUCUUGAAAGAGCCCUUACCGCCUUCACCUGGGAUCAACACGACCAAACGCAAGAGAAGUACAAACCAAACCGCCCCAGCAUCUUCAUCACCCGCCCAAGAACUGUCCCCAAAGAACAAAGGAAAGGCGAAGCGAGCGAAAGAGGCUUCUUCUGAUGCUGCUUCACUGGCAAAACCGAACCGAAAGAAGCCCGCCGGUAAGGCGACCAAGUCACAGAACCCUGUGAAGAAGAAAAAGAUGACGAAGAAGCAGCUACGUGAGGAGGAAGAGGAGCAACGUCGUGAGAAGUCUUCAUUCUCAACUAUUUGGAGCCCUCCUCGUAGUGAUGGACCUCUCACUUCAUCAAGUUGCCGUUCUCAGAUCAGUGAUGACCAAAUCAGCGCGGACUUACAAGAGCAUGCGGAAAGAGGGGAUCUGGAUGGUAUGCGCCACUGA